UGCUUGGGACCUCAUUCAGGGGCUCACGAGUGCUGCAAUUAUUUGAGGACCGCGGAAUUCUGUCUGCCACAAAACCAAAUCAAAUUAUAACCAUGGAUUUACUGUCUUGCGCAAUGAUCAGAGGACAUUUGGAACCCAUCGUAUAGUUUGAGUCGGAACUGUUUUCGUUACAUUGGAUUUAUCAUGCGGGCUUCGCCUUAACGUUGGAGUAAACCUUAGCGGACACUCGUAGCCUACAAGGGCGCAACCAGGAGCUUGGUUUAUCCUGAGUCUGUUCUCGGCCGAGACAUUUAAAAAUGAUAUUAACUCAGAUUGAAGCCAAAGAGGCGUGUACCUGGCUCAGGGCAGCAGGGUUCCCACAGUAUGCCCAGCUUUAUGAAGAUGCCCAGUUUCCCAUUGACAUCUCCUCAGUCACCAGAGAUCAUGACUUCCUAGACCGGGAUGCUAUUGAGGCUCUCUGCAGGAGACUCAACACCCUCAACAAGUGUGCUCUAAUGAGACUUGAGAUAUCACCACAAAGAAAGAGAAGUGAAGACUCAGAUGAGGACGAGCCUUGUGCCAUCAGUGGCCGCUGGACUUUCCAGAGGGACAGCAAGCGCUGGUCCCGUAUGGAGGAGCUGGAGGUUUUCUCCACUCUGCCCACAGAGGCCUCUCAGCUCCCCUUCCCACAGGACCAGAGCUCCCAGGCCGGCACACUCACCCUCCGUGAAGGCCACAGUUCAGAGAGCGUGCUGACUGAUCUCAGUGAACAGCCUGAAGUGGGAUCUAUCCAUAGCAGUGGCAGUGGAGGAAGAGUAGAGGAAAAGAGCCAUGGUGGUGCCCUGGGACACCAGGCUGUACCCACUGGUGCCACCCGUGCCAAUUCUGUGGCCAGCAUGUGUUCAUCCUCAGGUACCGGCGGGUCAGGAUGUGCCAAUGAAGAUUCUCUGUCUGAUGGUUUGCCUCCAUCACCCCUGGAGACGCUCGGACAGUUCACCUUCGAUAUGAAAACAGGGGUAGGAGGAAUGGGAGGAAGUUUAGACAGAGGAGGUGGCAGUGGCAAAAGCACCCGUUCACGAGCCAAGAGCUUCCUCAAGAGGAUGGAGAGUCUACGGCUCCGCAGCGGGAGCUCCUCCAAGAGGAAGAAGAAGCUGAGCACCAGUGGAGGCAAGAUAGAAAUCAGUGGCCCUGUCAUCAAAGAAGGUCUAGAUGAUGACAAAUUGCGGAGGCUCAACUGUGUGGACAUCUCCAGCAUCAACCUUAACCAGAACCUCAACCACCACCGUAACCCAACCCAGACUAUGACACUUAACCGAAACCGGUCUGUAUCCUACUCCACACAGACCAGCAACGGCAGCACCGGCAGUACUGGCAGCAGCCAGUCUGAAAACAGCAGUGGGAGUGCCGUGAGCACCCCGAGCCCGGUGACUCGCGCCCGUAGCCACAGCACAGCGGCAGGCUCCAGUAAGAGAGGAGGAAUGUAUUUGGAGGGAUUUGAUCCUUUUAGCAUUCUCCAGCAGCCUUCCAAACAACCAACGACUACAGAGCCCAAGUCUGCCCCGCCCAUCCCAUGCCAAUCUAGCAACGGGACAACAGUUGACGCGCAGAACCACAGGAACAACUGCAGUGUUCGGGUCAAUAACAGGCAAGUGGAAGAAGAAGAUGAGGAAGAGGAGGGAGUUAUCUUCUUCUACUUACCCGAAGGUCACAAACCUGGAACCUUUCCCAAGGCCCUGCGGGACGGGACUUCGCGCAGCAACAAUGGGAACGAUAACGGGAACUCUGUGAUCCUUAGGGGGCGACAAAGCAGGCGUCAGCACCGUAGCUCUUCAGGCUCUGUUGAUAGCCGCCUCAGUUUUUAUGACAAUGUGCCCUACACUGAGAGAGAGGAGGAAGAGGAGGAGGAGGAAGGGGAUGAGCACAAAUUGGAAGAGGUGCUACAGCAUGUUAGUGGCCUGCAGCGUUUCGUUAAUGCCUGGUCAGAGGCCGUGGCCGGUGAAGAAGAGGAAGAAGAGGAAGAUGAAGAGGAGGAGGGAGACUCUGACUCAGCAUUGGAUUCCGCAUCCCCAUGCCCAUCCUCUCCUCUGCAGAACCGACUGGAGGAGACUGAGAAUGGAAGUGAUCAAGACAGCACGGGAAACCCCCUAGGGGAAGGAGAAGAGGGGAUGAGGGAGAGAAGAGAUUCUGGUGUGGGAGCAUCUUUAACCCGCACAAACAGGCCUCAGAAACUCCGUUGGCCCAGCUUCCAGAACUCCCAUCGUCCCAGCUUGGCCUCGGCUCAGCUCCAGAUCGGAUGCCAGUCUGUGCUGCAGAUGAAUCUGCUGCAGAAGCUGUCCCUGCUUCAGCUCACAGCCUUGCUGGAGAAGCACACCCCUACUAACAAACAUGGCUUCAGCUGGGCUGUGCCAAAGUUUAUGAAGCGGAUCAAGGUGCGCGACUACAAAGACAGGAAUGUGUUCGGUGUGCCGCUACAAGUCAACGUCCAGCGGACAGGCCAGCCCCUGCCUCAGGGAAUUCAGCAAGCCAUGCGCUACUUACGCAACCAGUGUCUAGACCAGGUUGGUCUUUUCAGGAAAUCAGGAGUUAAAUCUCGAAUCCAAGCUCUACGCCAGAUGAACGAGGCAUGUGGUGCCGACGGAGGUGGAGUCAACUACGAGGGCCAAUCAGCUUAUGACGUCGCCGACAUGCUGAAGCAGUAUUUCAGGGAUCUGCCCGAGCCCCUGCUCACUAGCAAACUGUCGGAGACCUUCCUCCAGAUCUACCAAUACAUGCCAAAGGAGCUGCGCCUGCAGGCCGGGCGGGCAGCUGUGCUGCUGCUGCCCGAUGAGAACCGGGAGGCACUGCGGACGCUGCUGUGUCUGCUGAGCGACGUGACAGCCAGCGUGGGUGAGAACCAGAUGACACCCACCAACCUGGCUGUAUGUCUGGCCCCGUCCCUCUUCCAUCUCAACACCCUGCGCCGUAAGGAGAGCUCCUCGCCAAGGGUGAUGAACAGGAAGCAAAUGCUGGGAAAGCCAGACCAGAGGGACCUGAACGAAAACUUGGCUGCCACUCAUGGCCUGGCACACAUGAUCCAGGAGUGCAGGAAACUCUUCCGGAUCCCAGAGGAAAUGAGCCGCUGCAGGAACUCCUAUGUGGAGCAGGCUCUGCUGCCGCGGCGACUGGAAGAGCUCGGUGGUGAAGAGGCAGGGCCGGGAGGCUACAGGGCCUACCUGCGAGAUAGCCUGGACGCUCUCCUCAAAGAGGCCAAGGACAAGUUCAAAGGUUACGACAGCUGCUCCACCCCCGAGCACGCCGAGCUCGCCUAUAGGAAGGUGCAUGACGGCUAUCCGCUGCGGCUGUGGAAAGUGACCGUGGAGGUGCCCGCCAGCCCUGAGGAGGUUCUGACGCGGGUGAUGCGGGAGCAGGGCCGCUGGGACGAGGACCUGCUGGAAAGCCGGGUGGUGGAGACCCUGGACGAGAGGAUGGAGGUCUACCAGUACGUCAGAAACACCAUGGCCCCGCACCCCACCAGAGACCACCUGGUGCUGAGGACAUGGGUGACAGACCUGCCGAAGGGAGCAUGCGCACUGGUGUGUAUCUCUGUGGACCAUGAAGGGACUCCAGUGGUGGGUGUACGAGCCAACGUUCUCACAUCGCGCUACUUCAUUGAGCCCUGUGGAGCCAACAAAUCCCGCCUCACACACAUCUCCAGGACCGACUGCAGGGGUCGCUUCCCAGAGUGGUACAAUAAGCAGUAUGGACACUUGUGUGCUGCCGAGGUGGCACGGAUACGCGACUCAUUCACUGUGCCAGUGGACAAGUGACUUCAGCAACAAAGGCCCCAGCAGCUUCAUUGACCCCUGAACUGCUGGAUCACACUUGGGAUCUCACCGAGGACUUAAAAUGACUCAAACAAGACAGAGUGGUGUAUGGGUUUCCCAGCCUCUCUAUAUACAAAAUUAAGGGACAAACCCUGGAUCUUGGACUGAAGGACUUUUUUCUCCUCUGAUUCUGUCACAACAUAUUGAUGUUAUUGUUUCAACCAGUUCAGCUUCCUGUCAAAUUUGCGAUGAGAGGACUUGUGUUACGGAAACAUUUAUCUGGGCCAAAGGAUAUGACAUCACUGUUACAGGAUGUAGGAUUUAUAUCCAAAGGGUGCUAUUGCUUCUGAGAAGCAAGGGGAUUUGAUGUGUGUGAGCGCGUGAAUGUGAGCAUGUGUGUAUGCAUGUGUUCAAAGCAACAGACGGUUGAUAAUUAUAUAUUCCUUGCACUGGUUCCCAGCUGCAAUAUAAUAUGUACAUACAGUAUUCAGAAACUGUUCACAAUAAUAUGUGUGUGUCUGUCUCGUGUUACCUGUGUCCCUUUUCUGUUACAGCAAAGCAUAAGAGGAUUAAUAGUAAGACAAUAUAUGAUCAGUUGAUUGAUGAAUCAGUGGGUGAAGAAAGAUGCGAACGUGCUGACAAUAUGCAGACUGAGCUGCAGAUGAUAGACAGGAUAUUGUGAGAUAACAGAUGGCUAGAUGACACCGAAGGUUUUAGUGUUUCAGGGGCAGGCAUGGGCAGAUCUGUAUUGGUGGCUGGCUCACCAAAAAGAAAUGUAACAGUGAAACAAUGGGCCUCAUUCAUCAACAUAUGUCUUUCACUCCCUUAUGAAGAAUAUUGUCAUUAAAAGUCAGUAUUCCUCAGUUUCUAUAAAUUUGAUAUGGAUAGCUUCUGUGUCCAAAGGUUAUUUUUGCCAAUGCCAAAGAGCAAAAGCAAGAAAACCAUGAGAGGUGUUUGAGGCCCAGUGUGACAGAAAGGAAACCAUAGAAGAUGACAUUGACAAGUUAAAAUGUUUGACCAAUAGAUCUGAUGGACCAAAUUUGGAAAAAAGAAAAAUAAAUUAAAAAAAGCCGAAGUAGACAGCUUCAUCAAUCGGGCAGAAGCGGUGUUGUUAAGAGCACAAUCAAGCCACAUUUCUUUGAAAUAGUUUGGUUAGUAGCCAGACAUCACAUACACAGUACAAAAGAUUUUUUUUUGCCACAUUUGCUUUGAUAAACAUGAGAGAGAAAAAAAUAAUGCACUGUUGUAACUUGCAUCAGAAACCUCUUGCUAGUCCUAAAAGAGAGAACAUGAGAAGUAAAAAGAGCAAAGACGGUCCUUUUAUAAAGGUGGGGCUUUUACAGGUUUUACUGUAAAAAAAAAAAAAAAAAA